AGUCACUGUUUACAGCGUAGCUCCACGAGCUCCUGGCUGGUAGCGUGGAGUUGGAACCAGAGAGGAGGUCGCUGUAGUAGUUUUGUUUUAAAGAAAAAGUUACAGAAACUCGUUGGAGACAGAAUAGAGUGUGAGUGGUUUACAUGGUGACAAACUACAAACUCAGAGGUAAUUAUUUGUUCAUACGAAACAGUCAAUUAGAGUGAAAAACAACAACGUUUAGUUCGGGCUCGCUGACUUCUGCAUGGUCGCUAGCUAGCUAGGACUUAGCUCCAAGAGCUACUUGGCUAGCUGGCUAGCGAGGUCCAGCCCAGAAGUUGUUUACUUCAACUUGUGGAUGUGGUCACCCCUUGAGCUUUUCACGACUUUUCUUGGGGAUAAGAGAGCAAGGACUAACAAUUCACACUGGAUUUAACACUGUGCGCUGUUAGGAAACUAGCAGGAUGUCCACAGAGGUUGAGUGUGCUCAGGUUGACUCGGGUUUGACAGCGGCCAGCCCGAGCGGAGUGGUGGAGAAGAACCAAAACACGUCCCAGGGUGCUCACUUGGACAAAGGACAAGAUCAGGGGCAGAAAGUCUUAGAAAAACAACUAGCGGACAGCCACGACUCCGGGGCUCCCAAGAGCCCAGCGGAUAUAGAAAAGGAAAGCAAAGAAAACUGUAAAGAAAACGACCAAAGUAGUAACGCUGACUCGGCUGUUGAGACGGUGAAGAAGAAAGUUGUUGAAGCGCCUCCGCCGAAAGUCAACCCGUGGACUAAAAGGACCACGGGCAGAGUGCCGGUCAGCAGCACCAACUCUAGCUCUCAAGACAAAGAUCAGCAAAAUGCUCCGAAAGUCGUCCGCGCCACCAAGCCCAGAACGAGAAAAAUCAGCAAGUCAAGUGACUUCAGUGACAUCACUAACUGGCCUACGCCUGGAGAACUGGCCAAAGAGCAACAACAAAAUGUCCUCAACAACAAUGGAAAGAAGCCUCCGUCUUUGCGCAGAGAUAAGGAGAAGAAAAGAGAGCGACCGGAGAGAAAAUCUGAGAGCAGCCAUGAUGGAGGUGAGAGCAAAGAGAACCAGGAGGCUCAGGUGGAGCCGAUGGGAGAGCUGACCAAAGAUGAAGAGUCAAAAGCAGGACAGGACGCCAAGAGUGCCAACCUGAGGAAGAGAGGAGGUAACAAACGUAAGUGGGUUUCUCUGCCGCUGGAGGAAGUGUCCCGGGAUGAUGAUGCCAAGACGCCCGGCAGGGGCCCAGCACGCUCAGACACAGAGCCCAUCGAUGACUCGUCUGACCUCACGUCGCCUAAUCAAACGCUCCAUAAUAACAGGGCGCAUGAUAGCACCAGGAGUUGGCGAAGAGAGCCGCGGGACUAUGGCGACGAUGUUGCAAGCAUUCGGAGCGACGGUGGGAGUGUUCGUGGAGGAAUACGAGGAAGAGGGAAGGGACGUGGACGCGGAAGAGGUCGUGGGCGAGGGCGAUAUGAAUACCCGCUCAACUUUGGAGACUCUCAGUCAUCUGAUGGUUCUGCUCAGGCCCCUGCAGAGUUUGGCACCAACAUGGUUUACUACUACAAUGAUGGCAACAAAUUCCAGAUGUACGCGGUGGAUGAAAAGCUUCUUAAGGAAUACAUCAAACGGCAAAUUGAGUACUACUUUAGCCUCCACAAUCUGGAGCGAGACUUCUUCCUGAGGAGAAAAAUGGACGCGCAGGGUUUCCUCCCCAUCUCCCUCAUCGCCAGCUUCCACAGAGUGCAGGCCCUCACCACUGACGUCAGCCUCAUCAUUGAGGCUCUGAAGAGCAGCACAGAGGUGGAGCUGGUUGAUGAAAGGAUCCGCUGUAAAACAGACCCUGAGCGUUGGCCGAUUCCCACCCCUACCACCGUUGGUUCCCCUCGCACCGACUUCUCCCAGCUCAUUAACUGUCCUGAGUUUGUUCCUCGACAGACCCUCAAUGCCACAAACUCCGCUUCAUCACCUGUGAAGGCGACUCCUCCUGAUCCCGUGCAGCCUCGGGACUCCCCUGACCCUGGCUCCUCCAGCCAGGAAUCUCUACCGGCCACAGAUGACUCCAAAGAUGCCCUCGCCCCCAAGCCCGACCCUGACGCCUGGAUCCAGGUUGAGAAACGUCAUAGGCAGCCCUCUGCAAAAGCAAAGUAUGUCAGUGAUGAAGUGUGCAUUGCCGGCUCUUCUCUCUCCACAUCGCUCCAGCCUCACUGCCUUUCCUCUGCAGGGGAUAGUAAAACGCCUCCUCCCAGCCAGCAGCCUCCUCCACAGGCAGAGCCCGACCAGGAGGAGCUGGACUUCAUGUUCGAUGAGGAAAUGGAGCAGAUGGCGGCCAGGAAGAACAAGUUCACAGACUGUUUAGAUGAGGACGACUCGGACUAUGAGCUGGAUGACCAGGAUGUGAACAAGAUCCUCAUCGUCACCCAGACUCCACCCUACAUCCGUAAGCAUCCCGGUGGGGAUCGGACAGGUAACCAUGAGUCCCGAGCUAAAAUUACUGCCGACCUGGCCAAAGCCAUCAACGACGGGCUGUACUACUACGAACAGGACCUGUGGAAGGGGGAGGAGCCAAUUGAGUGCAUCAAGCAGGAAGUGGAGAACUUCAAGAAGCUGAACGUCAUCAGUAAAGAUGAGUUCGACACUCUCACCCCCAAAGCGCCCGUUGACCCAAACCAGGAAGUCCCAUCUCUUCCCAUGCCAGCAGACAGUGGAGCAGAGUUGGCUCGUUCUGUGCCCACAACGGUCCCACAGUCGCCCAGAGCUCACCAACCCCGGACCCCCAGAACCCCUCGCACCCCCGGACGCCAGGACCCCAGCAAGACACCACGUUUCUACCCCGUGAUGAAGGAGACCGGCACCAUCGAUGGACAGACGCCCAGGAAGAAGAAGACGAGCCACAGUUCGAACCCUCCCCAGGAGGCUCACAUAGGCUGGGUGAUGGACUCUCGCGAACACCGACCGCGCUCUGCGUCCAUCAGCAGCUCCAAUGCCUCUCCAUCAGAAGGAGCCCCGCUAUCAGGAAGUUACGGCUGUACCCCUCAGUCAUUGCCCAAAUUUUGGCAUCCAUCCCAUGAGCUGCUGAGGGACAAUGGCUUCACUCAACAGGGAUACCACAAGUACCGCCGACGGUGCCUUAAUGAGCGAAAACGGUUGGGGAUCGGCCAAUCUCAGGAGAUGAACACUCUGUUCAGGUUCUGGUCCUUCUUCCUCAGGGACAACUUCAACAGGAAGAUGUAUGAGGAGUUCAAACAGUAUGCUGUAGAAGAUGCCAAAGACAACUACAGGUACGGAUUGGAGUGUCUGUUCAGAUACUACAGCUACGGUUUGGAGAAGAGAUUCAGAUUAGAUCUGUUCAAAGACUUUCAAGAAGAGACCCUCAGAGACUUUGAGAAAGGUCAGCUGUAUGGACUAGAGAAGUUCUGGGCCUUUUUGAAAUAUUCAAAGAUAAAGAACCAGCCUAUUGAUCCGAAGCUGCAGGAACACCUCUCGCAGUUCAAGAACUUGGAGGACUUCAGGGUGGUGCCCCCGAUAGGAGACGAUGGCAGCAGGAGGAGGCGUACCUCGUCCUCGGCUGGGGAUGAAGGGAGGCGUCGGAGACAUCCUUCCAACACUACCUCAAAGCCCGCGCAGGCCUCCAAAUCCUCCAGCACUUCAGCUGAGUCUGCCUCAGCCUCCGCCGCUGCACAGACCACACCCAAAGACAAAGCCCAGAAAGCAGCAGCGACAACAUCUGCACAGGGCAAGAAGACAGAAGCCAGAGCUGGGAAGAAGGAAAGUGGUGCACCAAAUAAAUGAAGCUCCCCUCCCGUAAGCGUGGGUUUGAAAAGAAGCAAAGUGGGGCGGCUGCAGCGCUCAUUCGUUUCAGAGGCAAACUGCUUGGGUGUGAAGAGAGACUGAGCGUGGUUGAUCCAAUUUGAUUGUUUUUAUCAGUGCAUUUCAUUUAAAAGCAAGCAUAGGCAGCGAGCUUGAAUGUGUUCACCUGACAGCUCAUAACGUUUACAAAAAUAAAUGCAUUCCCUGCAUUUUGCCUUUUCAGAUGCCAAACUAUUCAACAAAUACUUUGAUUUCAACAAUAUGUAAGCCGCGCUGGUCUAUAUAGGGCUGUUAAACUGUGAUUCUAAGUUGCCAAGAUAACAGACACUGCACACAGUGUGACUAAUCUGAUACAGCAGGAUGUCGGGCGUUUUCUCAUUAAGUAAAAUAGUCCGCAUUCUGCUUUUUUAAAAGUCUUCCUAAUUGAUUAUUUGGGAUUCAGAUGUGUUUAAAAUUGAAAACAGUUGCAGGUUUGUUUGUUUCUUUUCUGAGGAUGUAAACUUCUGUUUUUAUCAUGACAAUCAAAGUUGAGUCUUAAAGUGCCCAUAUUAUCAUUUUAUUUUGGGGGGUCUGCUAGAUUAGGUUUACAUGUUUUACCCCAUUCUGUCCAUUAUUGCAGCACCGUCUGUCUGUAGGGCUCUGCUUUUAGCUCCUUUCUGUCCGGAAAAGCACAGUCUCUUGGAAUUUGGCUCCAUUAAUGCAGUACAUGUGAUCAUGGAGAGUUAAAGAAACAAGCGUGAUCGUAACAUACACCAUGCUAACACUAAACCAUAGACAGUAUAAGAGAAGGAUGCAACUUUUAGCUCUAAAGAGUGAAGCCAGUGUGGAAGUGUUUUAUCUCUUUACCCCUUUAAAGCCUACUAGAAGUAACCCUUGAUGCUCUUGUCGGAGCCGAGUGGUUCCUAUCGUAUUUCAUGCCUGCUUAUAGAACAAGAUGACUGGGUGUGCAAUAGACGGUAGUGAGGUUGGUCUCUGCUUAUGCAGAAACCCGCAAACUAUUGUAAUGGUCAUCAAACCACGUCUUUAUUGAUAUGUACUGAAGUAUCAGACCUCGUCAUUAAGGAUAAAAUGAAAGUAGAUAAAUGUUGUCUUUAUGAGGAAAAGAGCAAAAACUAUUUGUUUUAAAUAGCCACCAGGGGGCGAUACCUGUGGCUGCAAAAACAUAUGGUCCUAUAGAAGUCUAAUGGAAAAGAGCCCUUGGAUUUGACCAGUGAAAACACUUUCCUCAAUCACCCAGUUAAAGAAAUCCCAGAAGGUUGAAUGUGUUCAUCUGGAGGUAGCAUUUUUUUCUGUGGGAAAAAUGUCUCAUCCCUCAUCCAGGACGGAGAAAGUCACUUGGAUGAAUGAAGAUAAUCAACUUUCUAGGACUUUCCUGACGAACUCACAGUGUCAGUUGUUUAUUUUGGGUCAUGUUGAAUACAAAAUUAGGUGAUAAAGUUACUCACUCACUCACUCAUUCACAAGGUGUCACCACAGCGGGUCGUUCCACAUGUUUGAUUUGACAGAUUUUUACACCGAGUGCCGUUCCUGAAGCGACCGCAAAGAGAUUUGUGUCUCCUCUCAGAAUUGAAACUGAGAUCUUCCACUUUUUAGUUAAAUGAGGUAAACCACUGUUGUACAUUUUGGUCGUGCUACGUUUCAGAAAGGAGGAUUAUCCAGGGUUUGCUCACUUGUAGGUGACAUCACAGUGCACAUAGUAAUCUUGCUUGCUUCAUCAGGCUGUUAGUCAUUCACACUCAGGUCCCCUUAGAAUUCUUUUCUUCUGGCUUCCUUCAUACUCUUCCACAACAAUGACAAAAGAGCCACAUUAAAUCUGCUAAAAAGAACUGUUGCUUUUCUGGGGAGAUGUUUAGCAAAGUGUAACCAUACUUGUGAAUGUUCAGCUCUGUCUUUCAUUGGCAUCAGUCUGUGUUUGUGCUGCAUGGUGCUGCUGAGAGAGCUCGUACCGCUCCCACACAGGCCCUGAUAGCAAAAAUUCAUCAUGGAGAAAUGUUUAUUGUUAUUGCAAUUUAGAAAGGGAGUGGCUGAGAUCAAAUGUUGUUGUGUUCAUGCUAUUGCCGUUUAGGGCAUUGACUGUGAGCUCAGUGACUCACAAAGAUGCACUAACGCCGUGCACAGUCAUAACCUGUGCGUGCCUGUCCGUUAAAAGUGACCGCUACUCAUGUGUGGUCACAUUACGCCUGUAAGAUUUUAGUCUGAGAUUUUACUGAGAAGUGAAAAGGUGCUCUUUCACACAUGAAGCUAACAUGUUCAGAUACUGUCGGAUUAAUGGAAACUGGGGGGGGGGGGUUGACUGACUACAGCUACAAGGUGGACAUUGUUACAAGUCAUGGAAAAAAGCCUAGACUGUAAAAGAGGCAUUUCAAGUAGUUCAUCAGGAGUGAGGACUAUUACAGACUAAAGGAUAGAGGACAAACCAAAAAAGAAAAACCCAUAAUAGGGGCACUUAAAAUUAGUGAAGGACUCGCACCAAAGCUGCUGCUCCAUAACAAUGUUUUUACUCUCUGACAGACAUUGCAGCUAAACUACAAUGUUUUCGUUUUUGUUUAAUUUACAGCCUGCAAAAAUUCAUUUGGGACACUUGACGUCCCAUUUUACAACCAGAAGUAGUAUAAUUUAUUUUUAUUUUUCCAUGUAUUUGAUGGAUGGAAUAGUCUUAGGUAAGCAUUGCAGUUCUUAAUUGCUUUUUGCUAUUGAAUAAAAUAAAAAUGUUUUAAAAGAAAUGUAAAAAAAUAAAUAAGUUUCUGCUGGAAUAAUGGGUGUGAGCUAGCAUCAUAAAACUACAGUAUAUUUUAGCUUGAAGUUUAUAUUUUGUUUGAGGCUUGGUGCUCUAGAGCACUUUAAUGAUUAACUUUCCUUUUAUUUCACCAAUGAACUUCAAAUGUGUUUUAGAGCUGACUUUAACGGGAAAAAAAUGUAAAUACUAUAAAAAAUCAUUUUGCCAUUAUUCAUUUGAUUUUUGAGAAGUGAUUUGUUUUAUUGGUAGUGUGGUGUUGAGUGUGUUUUUAGGAUAAAGCAGUGCAUGUUGAUGAAUUGUAAAAUGCAAAAAAAUAUAAAAUACUGAUUGUACAAAA